AUUUAAACACAUAAUGUAGAUGACUGUUAAUAUUGAAAAUUGGGACAUAUCGGUAAUGAUUACUUAAAAGUUUGGGUGUAUAUUGAAUUCCUGCAAAUGUACCAUGGAUACCACAGCUGCUUCAAAAACUGAUUCUAUUUGGAUGCAAGGAACAAGAAGAAAUACCAGAAGUUCUUCAAACCAAGAUAAAGAGGCAAAAGAAAAGGAAACAAAUGAAGUUUUGGAUUCAAAGAAGAAAGAAGAAGGAGGACACAUAGUUCGAGGUCCAAACAAUGAAGUAGUGGAGUACACAACAAGCGAUGAUGUUUCCUACAAAGUUAUGGAGCAAGAAAGAUAAUGCAGUAGUGGUGGUGAAGUGGUACUACCGACCAAGUGAGGUGCCAGAUUCAGUUUAUCAAAUGCUCGUUAAGGACCGACUUGAAGCAAUAGAAGAUUCAAAAGAAAGAGAACAAAUCUUGAAUGAGGAGAAUCGAAAUCGUGAGUUGUUUGCAUGCGAUGAAGAUCUAACUGAUGUCUUUCCAGUAUCAAGCCUGAGGGGAAAAUGCUCAAUUCUUCACUUUAAACGUUACAACGAGGUGGUUGGAUAUGACAUGAAGCCCGAUACUUUUUUCUAUGUGCUUGGUUACAAUCCUGAUACCAGAAGAUUGACGAGCACUCAAGGUGAAGUAAGGGUUGGACCAAGUCAUCAGUGGAAUGCGAGUACCAGGGGUAUCUUCCAAAAGGCAACCCUACCUGACAUAUUACCAGCAGCAGAUCGGGAAUAUAAAAAAGAAUAUGAGGAGAAAAUCUGGGAACCAAAUGUUAAUGAAUGUGACUUAAUUAUGUAUCUCAGAUCUGCAAGGAGUAUGGCUGCUUUUGCUGGUAUGUGUGACGGGGGUUCCCCUGAAGAAGGCUGCAUUAUUGCUUCAAGAGAUGAUACAACAAUAAAUGCGUUGAAUGUGCUCUUCCAAAACAAGGGUGACGCACGAGUGGCGUUGCAGGUGUUGGUGAAAAGUCCUUUACCACUGACCAUUGAAAGAAAAUGGACAGAGGACCAAGUUAAACGAUUCCAGAAAGGUCUGAGGCAAAAUGGAAAGAAUUUUUAUAAAAUUCGUAAAGACCUUCUUCCAAAUAUGCAAACUGCGGAUCUGGUUGAGUUUUAUUAUCUUUGGAAAAAAGUUCAGGAAAACUUGAUGAUUCAACCUCAGAAUAAGAGUCGACGUCAGGCAGCUUUAAGGAGAAAUCCAAAGAACGCACCAGUUGUUGAAACAGGAGGUGAAACUUCAAGUGAACUGGAAUCUGAAACAGAUGAUGAUGAAACGCGGAAGAAAGUUUGUCAUCAUUGUCAAACUACAACAUCUGAUGAUUGGAGUGUCUAUGGCAGCGAAGGUUUACGUUUAUGUAUGGAAUGUUUGGUUUCUUUCAAGAAAUAUGGACACAAUAAACGUGUGGAUGUUAACUUUGAUAACAGCUUAUCUAUUGAGGAGAUGGAAGAGGACCCCGCUACUCCGAUGUCUCCGAUGUUCAUGGAGUCAGUUGCUAAAGUUCCUCCUCCUUUCAUGUUUAAACCAAUCAAAGAAAAGCUGAGUGAGGACCACCAGCCAAGUAUCAAUACGAAGUCAUCAAAGAGGCAAUGGAAGAUGAAUGGGGUGGAUGCGGGGGAUCAACAUGAAGAUGUGAAGAGGAUUAAACCGGAGAUAAAAACUGAAGAUGUAAAAUCAACUCUGACAUGGAACACGGGAGAUCCAUCAGAUAAAAAUAAAACAUCUGAAUCUGAAAAUCAAUCUGCGUCCGAUAAUUUAAAGGAAUCCACCGAAACAAAAUUGGCAACAAACCAACCACAAGAUUUAACCCAAUCAACCAGACAACAACAACCAACACAGUUUCACACCCAACAACCAAAUGAAAGCAAAGCCUUAGUUUUAAACCACCAGAAUGAUAAGGCUGGCCACACAGAUCUGAAGAAUGGUGACAAAACGAAGAUCAUACAGCUUCAGAAUGAUCAAUCUUUGCUUAAAACACAAAAGCUUCCAAUGCAAAAUCUACCUACAUCUGCUAGUUCAACUACAUCAGCAUACACCAAGAUACAUCAAUCAUCAGAGCAAGACAAACCAUCCGAAGUUCAAUGUAAGAUGGAAGUAAAUUCGCCAUACAAAGGCACACCAGUAAGCCAAGCAGAUUUUGGUACACCACCUGUGUUGGGGAGUCCUAUGGACCACAUACCCACGCCAGAUGGUCAUCAUUUCCAUAGUGAUGGUGCUAUGGGCCAAGCUUUGCUACCAAGUGGUUCAAGAAAUAUAUCGCCCACUCCUGCUGCUCGAACCCAAUCACUUUAUCGUCAAUCAUCUCCGCUGCCAACUGCUGUUAACAAUCAACCGAAACCUUCAUCUUUCAAUCCCCCGCAUCCUGAGAUCAAUCCUGAUGAAGAGGAAGAAGAGGAGUAUCUUCCACCUCAACAUCAUAUAACUAUACCAGCAGGAGAGAGUUUACCACCAAGCUUCCGAUAUGAUCAUGGGAACCAUCGACAAUUGCCUUCUUCUCCUGAAACUAUUCUCUUUGGUAAAAAGACAAAGUUUGCAUUUUAUCCUAACAGUGUGUGCUCACGUACUGAUUACAUCUGGAUACCUCCGAAAGAUGUAAAAGUUUCACCCAAGCUAGUAAAACAUCCGGAGCCUCACUCUUCAGGAGGAUUCCAACAUCCUCAGCAACAGCGGACUCCACAGCAUCGCCCGUCACACGAUAGAGAUAGAGAGCACCCAAGGCCCGCCAAGUUUCAUGAACCUAAUUCUGCAAAGAGAGAAGACCCUCAUGCGCACACCCCAAGACCGACAAGCAGUGUUCAAUCUGUCCCUCGUUCAUCUCCAUGCACUUCUACACCUUAUGAACCACACAGCAGGCCUGCACCAUCACACAGCUCAUACGCUGCACUUGGACCAGGCACCCCAGCUUUACGUACAUUACGUCAAUAUGCUGGCACUUAUGAUGCACAAAGAGAUGCAAUGUCUGCUAUGCCUCUCUAUCCUUACUCUGGCCAGCAUGCUGGUAGAGAGUUAAGAGAGCGCGAAUUACGGGAACGUGAGAUGAGGGAAAGAUUACCGAAGCCUGGUUUGGAAAACUUAAAGUUGCUUGAAUCGCUUGAUCAUUUAUCCACGAGUCAUCAUGGAGUGACGAUUCCGCCCGGUCACCCUUCCGCUGUACAAAGUCUCAACCCUCAAGUGAUUGAACAACUUCGACAAGCUUACCCACCAGGAGCAGUGGUAGGAAUGCCAGCAACAUCUCCACAAAUUCCAGGUUUUUCUCCAAUAAUUCACCCAGACUUCUCUGCCCACCAAGCUGCUAAUGAAAGAAUUUCUUCCGAAAGGCUCGCAGCAAUUGAGCAAUAUCGGAUGGAGUUACUGCACAGUCAUCAGCAUUCACACAUACAUUCCCAUCUACAUUUGCAUCAGCCAAAUGCUGGUGCUGGACCGAUGCCCUUGAACAUGGUUCACCCACCGGGUGGGGUCAACGAGGCCAUGCUCCAUCCUUAUGCAGUGAUGGCAUUACAAGCACAAUCCCAACAAGCGCUCGCAUCUGGUUUAGAUCCAUUACACGCUGCAUCAGUUACGAACCAAAUGCUAAGCUUACAAGGUUUUCGUGGGCCAACUCCAAUCAUGCCAAAUCCAGCCAUGCCUGUCCCACAACCAACUAUGCCUGGCCGACCUAUUGACCCUCUACAGCAAUAUCUAUCAGCAACACAUCACUUACAAGCAGUGGCUCAUGAGCAGCAGCUUAUGGAGCACAGGGCAGCAUUACAGGAGGAAUACAUACGUGCCAUGGCAAUGGGCCAUAAACCAUAAACUGUUUUUUACUGCAAUACCAAAACAAUGCAGAUUCAACAUUUAUUUGAUCGCAAAAGGCAACACAUUCACUUUAUAUUUUAAUACGUACAUGUAAUUAUCUAAUAGUAACUAUUUUAUCUUGUGUUGCGGUAGAUCAGCUCUGUGGCUGAACUUUGGACUAAUUAAUUUGAUCAAGUUUAAGGUUAGCAAAGCCAUUGUGGUGUGGCAAGUUAUGUUGGUUGCACUUGACUGUUAAUUAUUGGUUUCUUAAUUAGUAUGGUACACAUGAGCUUGCAGUCCAUUCAACUCUUUGAAAGUAGUUCAUAUGUAUAAAUAAAUAUAAAACAAUUUA